AUGUUUACAAAGCAUUGGAGCAUUGGACUGAGCUGCAUGCAGGAGAGGUGUUUGUACAGGUUCCCAGAGUUUUCCUUUUUAGUGCUUCUCCGAGGAAAUGUUUGCAUGGAGAAGAAAGCGGCCAAUAUGCCAACCGUAGUACCAACCUCUAAAUAUGGACAUCUAAGGGAUGGCUUCCUUGGUGGCUCAGCUGCUAAAGAGUCUGCCUGCAAUGCAGAAGACCUGGGUUCGAUCCCAGGUUGGGAAGAUCUGGAGAAGGGAAUGGUUACCCACUUCAGUAUUAUGGCCUGCAGAAUUCCAUGGACUGUAUAA